CGUCAGGGCGUCAGGACUCCAUUAGAGCUGCAGCUGUUUAAGGAGAAACAACAACAAAAACGGGCUAACUGACAGAGCUCUUCAGUUACAGUCCGCUCUGAGCCCGACCAAGAGGCCUCAAACCUGGAAGCUUAACCUUCAUUUCCCACCCGGAGCUCCGCCGGCUUCUAACCACGGCCGCUCUCGGUGAGGAAACUCUGGCCUCCGCUUCCUCCUCCUCCGACUCGGACACCGGCGGAGCGUCGCCGCCCCCGCGGAAGAAGCACCGAGCCUCGGCGGCGGAGGGAGCAGGAGUGCCCGGGGCUUCAGCCGUUGUAACAGGCCUCUCUGGAGUUGUCCUAGGACUUGCUACACACUCUCAAGCCACUUCAGCUAUUCACUUUAACCGGAGCGUUGUCAAUAAUCUUAGCAGCAGUAUGCAGGCAAACGGGGCAGGACAAGGACAAGAAUCCUCGGAGCUUUCCUGCCUAAACAGUGCACAGAACGGGGAGUCAUCCUCGGCCGGUGGAGCCCACUCCAAUGGGCUUCUCUCCAACACAGACAACGGGAAUAGUGCUGGUACCAGUAAUGGGUCUUCAGCCGGUCCUGGAUCGGGAACUUCGGCUGCAUCUACGGCUUCGGGCUCCGAUGUCGGCUCUCUUAAAAAGAAAAAACGACUAACACAGGCGGAGGAAGAUGUCAUACGAUUAAUAGGGCAACAUCUCCACGGACUAGGGCUAAAUCAGACAGUAGACCUGCUGAUGCAGGAGUCAGGCUGCAGACUGGAACACCCCUCAGCUACAAAGUUCCGCAACCAUGUCAUGGAGGGGGAGUGGGACAAGGCUGAGAAUGAUCUCAAUGAGCUGAGAGCACUGAUGCAUUCGCCCAAUGCUAUUGUGCGUAUGAAGUUCCUUCUGCUCCAGCAGAAAUACUUGGAGUAUCUGGAAGAUGGCAAAGUCCUGGAGGCUUUGCAGGUGCUCCGAGGAGAGCUGACACCUCUCAAGUACAACACAGAUCGCAUCCACGUUCUCAGCGGGUACCUAAUGUGUAGCCAUGCUGAGGAUUUAAGGGCCAAAGCAGAGUGGGAGGGCAAGGGCACCGCAUCCCGCUGCCGAUUGCUGGACAAAUUACAGACAUACCUGCCACCGUCUGUGAUGCUGCCUCCACGGCGGCUGCAGACCCUGCUGCGGCAAGCAGCGGAGCUGCAGAGGGACCGCUGCCUCUAUCAUAACACCAAGCUGGACAACAACCUGGACUCAGUGUCUUUGCUUCUUGAUCAUGUGUGUAGCAGGAAGCAGUUCCCCUGUUACACUCAACAGAUCCUGACAGAGCACUGUAACGAGGUGUGGUUUUGCAAAUUUUCAAAUGAUGGCACCAAGCUAGCCACUGGUUCCAAAGACACUACUGUCAUUAUUUGGCAAGUGGAUCCGGAGAAUCACCAGUUGAAGCUGCUGCGAACCCUGGAGGGUCACGCCUACGGGGUCUCCUACUUGGCCUGGAGUCCCGAUGACACAUACUUGAUUGCCUGUGGACCUGACGACUGCUCUGAGCUUUGGCUCUGGAAUGUUCAGACGGGGGAGCUGCGCACCAAAAUGUCCCAGUCCCAUGAAGACAGCCUGACCAGUGUUGCCUGGAACCCUGAUGGCAAGCGCUUUGUCACUGGAGGACAGAGGGGGCAGUUUUAUCAGUGUGACCUGGAGGGUAACCUGUUGGACUCCUGGGAAGGUGUAAGAGUACAGUGCCUGUGGUGCUUGAGUGAUGGCAGAACAGUGCUGGCCUCAGACACCCACCAACGAAUCCGGGGAUACAAUUUUGAGGACCUUACAGACAGAAACAUAGUUCAGGAGGACCAUCCUAUCAUGUCCUUUACUGUUUCAAAGAAUGGAAGAUUAGCUUUGUUAAAUGUAGCAACUCAGGGAGUGCACCUUUGGGACCUUCAGGACCGGGUGCUGGUGAGGAAGUACCAAGGUGUGACCCAGGGCUUCUACACCAUCCACUCCUGCUUUGGAGGACACAAUGAAGAUUUCAUCGCAAGCGGGAGUGAAGACCACAAAGUGUACAUCUGGCACCGACGUGGUGAACUGCCCAUUGCUGAGCUUACAGGCCACACACGCACUGUUAACUGUGUGAGCUGGAACCCGGCCAUCCCAGGACUCAUGGCUUCUGCAUCAGAUGAUGGCACAGUGCGCGUCUGGGGUCCUGCACCCUUCCUCGACUCACAAGAGACAGACGGGGUCAACGAGAACUGCAGUAACAUGGACAGUUGAUGGUCACUAAUGGAGUAUCUUUAAUAACAAUCCAAGAAUCUCACAAUAAAGCAAAAUCAUAACGGGCAAAUAAAAUAAAAAAAAAAAUGAAAAGUGAGACCUGACUGGACAACGUGAUGACAAAGUGAGGUGAUGAUGGACUGUCUGAAAGUUUAAGUCCUCAUCCAAAACCCUGAUUCCUACCCAGAGGCUUGGAAAACGAGUCAUUGCCCAGCAUGGUCAUUAGCCAUGCUAGGAGCUGGCAGAGUUUCCCAGGAAAUCCACCUCCAUCUUGAGCUUGGAGCAUAUUGUGCCCCCAGACAGACACCCUGACCAGCCAGACUUAUUGGACUGUCUCCUGGGAUCUGUCAGUUUGUCACUGACGUUACUUGUACAAUGUCUCCAUGGACAUGGGUAGGGUGUUGUUGGGGGAGGAUGGUGCAUAGGGGGAUAUAGCAACUCAUCUGUAUGUAUUUUCCCUCUUUCUUGCUAUAUUCUUCAGAUUUGAUCUGUUGGACAAAGGCUGAAAAUCCACCAAGAAAAAACUGACUGACCAGCUGACAAAGAACACAAAAAAGGCUAUUCUCAAUGUUGGAAUUUUUUAUGCUAGUCGUAGAGUUUAUUCUCAUUGAAGAGGUGAAUCUUAGCUCAAGUAGUGCCCGUUAAAAGCUUUAGAGUGAAGAUUCCACUUUAUGUUUCUCGACAUUAGGAAAAAACUUUUUAUUCUUUAAUUUAAAUUCUAACAAGGACAGCGCCCCCAAUUUCCAUCUGUCAGGCUAGCUACUGCACAACUUCAUUACAUCUGACAGAGGAUUUACAGGUCACAUAUCAACGGUGAGGUGGUCAAAUGUUGUAGGUGUAUUGCUUUUUUUUAUAUAUAUAUAUAACUCCCAGGACAUAUACUAUGACCUUCCUCAAAAGACAUCUGGAUCUCUAUUCUGGAGUGAGUUUAAGUGCAACUGUGAUUGCUUGCCAGUGACUCCUGUCCCUUGUAUGUGUGCGUGUGAGAGCGAUUAUGCAUGCACACAUAAGCAUGAGAGUUAACAUUUGUGGGUGCAGGUUUAAUUGGUGCGUUUUUGUAUGUGUGUUCACUUCACACCAGCAGAAGAUUCGAGACCCCCCUUUGCCUCUUUGCCCCCCUGAUCUCAUAGUAAAAAAUUGUAAAGAGGAUUUUAACCCAAUUCUAAGUUAUCCAAAGCCCCAAAGGGACCUCUGUCUGUGGAACAAAAGUUAAGACAAAGCUUAAGAGCCAUUCUGUAAAAGAAAAAACUUUUUUUUUAAUCUGGGGCUUUGAUUUUUACAUUUCUUUUCUCAUCCUUACCACGUGGCAUUCAAAUGGCACUCAGUUAUUGGCAUUGAAUCUUUUUUGUGGGGGUAAAAUCAAUUAAAGUGAUGUGUUCUAAGCAAAAGGUCAUUUCAUAUGAGAAGAUAAUGAUUGUAAUUACUGGAUGAGUAGUUAGCACGGCCAGAACCAUGCUCUAAAAAACACAGACUGCCUUCCUGUUCAUACAGUUGCACACAAACCCUCAGUAUGUAUGACCCCCCUCCCCCAUUCACAGCACUUUGAGUGGUCUUUUGCUCUCUUGCACCUCCGAUGGCAUAAACCUACAAGGUCGUUACGGUCUUGUGGUUGCUGAACUUCUUUUGGACUAAAACAAUGCAUUGGCAAAGACUUACACCUAACAGAAGAUUGCUAGGAGAUUGAGCCCUCACUAUGUCUCUAUGCACCCAAAAGAAGUGACUGAAUAUCUUGUAGGCGUUUAUCAAACUUAGCAGCCUCGUCUUGAGGAUACCACUCUUGGAGCUUAGAGAGAAUUCACCGUUAACAGCCCCUUUGCUCUCCAGCCAAGUUAUUCAGUGGUCAGCCCACCAUUCAAAGCUUUCUUCCUCCCUUUUUCAGGGUAAGUAAUGACUAUUUGCUACAGACUGAUAUACAGUAAAAUGUUUAAAAACAGUGCUUUUCUGUCUGUUUUUAUUGAAAUUUUGUUACUUUUUUGUUCUCAUUAUAUCAUUUUUGGUUGACCUCUCCCUGUAUAAUCAUAUUAAAAUAUAACCAGACA